AUGUACAAGGCGCUGGAUCACAUCACCGAGGGUGCGGCUCCUGCCGUCCCUAAGGACCUCUGGAUGGCGGUGGAUAUCCACAUCUCACUAUGGUUCAUGGGAACCCUGAGCGACGACCUCUACCGACUUGUGUCUGACGGCAAUGGCCGUGCCUGCUCCACCUGGUCCAAGCUCUUGCGGUUCUUCGUCAACAACGAGGCCUCUCACUGCCUCUUCCUCAACAAGGCCUUCCACUCCACCCCACGCGGUGAUCUUGACAUCUCCACCUACGCCAGCAAGCUGCAGCGCAUUGCUGACGAUCUGGCCACGAUGGGCCGCCCGGUUGUCGAUCGCGAUCUAACACUCCAAUUAAUCGAUGGUCUCGGCCCCCAGUUCAAGCUUCAUGCCGAGAUCAUGAAGAUCGCGGUCCCCACAUUCUCUGAUGCUUACUCCCGCCUCCAACUCACCGAGAUCGAUGAUGCCUCCCAGCAGCAAUAG